UGUGCUUGAGACCCACUUCCGGUUCAAUGCAAGUGAAACAUCGAUCCAGAACCCCAUCACUAAUGAUUAAACCCUAGCUAAGGAACGGGUCACCUUGUUCGCACAUCAAACAACCGGUGGACCAGUUGGCUCUUCUUAGCCAUGUUCUGUUGCUCUCUGUCUCUGUUUUGGUCAUGGCUUUCUUGUGUGGACGAUAAAGACGCACUGGAUAGGUGGGUGAAAGUGGCCGCUUUAAUCCCCGGGAAGACGGUGGGCGAUGUGACGAAGCAGUAUAGGAUAUCAAAGGAAGAUGUGAGUGAUAUCGAAGCCAGGAUUUUUCCAAUUCCAGGAUAUGGGAGCAACUCCUUCUCAUCAGAGUGGAUCAAUAGUAACAAUGGUUGUGAUGGGUUGAAGCAAUUAGACAGUACUCUUGGAAAGAGAGGCACUUCGGCAAAACCCUCUGAUCAGGAGAGAAAGAAAGGUGUUCCGUGGACUGAAGAAGAGCACAGGAAAUUUUUUAUGGGUCUUAAGAAGUACGGGAAAGGGGAUUGGAGGAACAUCUCGCGCUACUUCGUGAUUACUAGGACUCCGACUCAGGUCGCCAUUCAUGCCCAAAAACACUUCAUCAGCCAGCUUACGGGAGGCAAGGACAAGCAGAGAUCCAGCAUUCACAACAUCACGACGGUUCUUCUCCCAGAGAGUGACCCACCUUCGCCAGUCAAAAGGCAACCUGCCUCACCUGACAAUUCUUCCACGAUCACGAAGCUACCGCUGCAAGCACAGCCGCAUGAUCAUCAUCCGAAGAUCCAAGAGAUGAGCAAAGAUCUCUUGUGCUGGAACAACCGAUCAAAUGGAGGGUUGGCGACAGCAUAUGACCAAGUAGGCGUCGAUGCUGCCUUUGGACAGUUUCGCGGGAUUUCUUCUUAUGGGAAUAAGUUGCACGAGCAGAGAUUCCUCAUGGAGGAACUUCACGGUGCCCAGUUCGACCCUUAUUUCCAGAUGCAACCUAUGCACUAUCAGUGAAAGUGCCUCAGUGGGAUUUUGCAAAAUUUGUGAAGGUUAAUGGACCUUUGGGAUCAUUCAGCAACACCAGAUCAUUAAUCCAAAAGUGCUGUCUCUUUUAGGGAUUUAUGUGUGAAUUCAGUUGAUGAGAAGAUCUUAAGGUUUAGGUCAUACGGAGGGGAGAAUGUCAAAGACAGCAUUUAGUUCGCAUUGCCAUCUGAUGUCCAGAUUCUAAACCGACUUGAAUGUCACCGGAUGCUUAUUUCCGCAAACAUUGCGAUUUGUGUUUAUCCAUAUCGGGCUUG